AUUUGUUGUGAUUUUGUUGUGAAUAUCGAAUCCAUAGUUGUACAAACAGACUUAACCACGCUUUUGACGAAAAGUUUUUUAAAAACUUUUUGUUGGCUUGAUUUCUUAUUUUGAUUUUCGUGAUUCUUCAAAGUUUGAAGUUCAAACAGAGUGAAAUUAAUUAAUUAAUUAUGGCUGAUUUUCUAAGUCAAGUGUUCCACUCUUCUGUCCCAUUCAAUCAAACAAUCCAGUUAAUAAAUCAAAAUAGGAACUUUAAAUCUAUUUAUAAUCGGGAUAAUAAAUAUCAUGAUACCUUCCAGUCUCAUAUUAAUUCUCUUCUUUCUUCACCAACUAGAAGGGUACAUGGAUUUCUGCUUAUUCAAGAAUAUCUCAUGGAAAUGCCAAAUGAACUUUUAGGAGAGAAUUUCAAAAAUUGGGCUUCAUUUUGUGUCUCAUACAUUGAGGGAUCAAACUGGACUGGUAAAAAUAUCGCUCUAAAACUCUUGGAUAAACUACUGUUAGUAGGUCAUAACGAUGACAAUACUCGACGUAAAUUAAGUCUUCACAUUGUCAGUCAAAUAGUUGAAUAUAUUUGCCGUAACAAUUAUAUCAUUGAGAAAUGUGAUUCAGCUUUAGUUUAUAAAGUACUUCUUACUUGUGUCACCAAAUAUCCCGGAUCUUGUGGCUCUAAAAAAAAUAUUAUCAACACUUUCAUCAGUAAAAAUAUUCAAAGUUGCAAUAGUGGUUUUCAGAUUUUGGUCUCAAUAUUGGCUAAUAUUCAUUAUUGUCCGACUCCCGGUCAGUCAAAUGCAACAGCUAAAAAUAGUUGGUUUGAUCAUUUUUGUUCCGUUAUCGACAAUAUGAACUCUAUUUUGGAUAGAUUUUCAUCAUGGGGAGUUCCAUUUGAAAGUCUCAAGCUUACAAAUAAAAAACUACCAACCUUAUUGAACUCACAUGAGAAGGAAAAUUUUAUCGGCCGAAUGAAAUUGGAACAAAGUUACAAAGCUUUGGCUCUUGCCGCCUGUAAAAUGCUACAAGAUCCUUGUACCACCGGUUAUUUAGUUCCUGUAACUUGUAUAUUACAAUUAAUCUCUCGAGCUUCAUUGGUUAAACUUGAUGUUCUUUAUGUUAAAGAUCCUUGUCUUGCAUUAACAAUCUUGUCCAUUCAAAUGCAUUCUCUCAGUGUCUUAGAGCAAUUAAUUUCCGUCCUACGAAAAGUUUUAAUUAUUCAUUCAAAGUUAAUCUAUGCAAGUUUAAUUGGAAUCAUGGAAAUUGCUACGAACACGAGUGACUCGUUACAAAAGUCUAUUACUUUAACAACGUCAUCAUCACCAGCAGUCAUGUCCAAAUUGUGUAUCUUUGAUUUGAAAAAUCAUUGCUAUCGAAUAUUAAAUCAAUGGUUUACCGUAACUGGACCUAACAUAAUGAUUGAUAAAGAUUCAGCUGAUUCUCUAUUCAAACACUUUAUGAUGGAUAUGAAGCUUGGACAGAAACAAAUUGAGCUGAGAAACAUCAAAAAGGAUAAAUCAGGGAAAAAUUCUGAUGCCGCCUUAUCAACGCCCUUCAUUAAGGAUAAGUUGAAUUCGCUACAUUUCAAUUGUUUGAAAGCGAGUAAUUCGUUUGUAAAGAAUUGUUUCAUGUUCUUACCUUUGGAUCAGGUGACUUUCUUUGCGACAUUUGUCCUCGAAGAAGUACUUUCACUUUACAGAUAUUCUAUAUCUUCGUCGCUUUUUUAUGGGAAACCUGAGACUCGUAAGGAACUAAUUUCAUUGAUAGUUCUACUUAGCCAAGAAGAUGAAACCAUACCCAUAGGAAUUACUCUGAACUUGCUGCAAAAAGCUCUCAAUAUUGAUUCUUCUAGUCUGAUAAGAGAAUUUUGUCUUGAAUCAUUAAGAUCUCUCAACGGAAUAGUUAACCCUAUGAAAAUAUUAAGAAUCAAUGAAACUUCUGCCACCAACCCAUUCACAUACGAAGAUACUGAGAAUGAUGAAAAUGUUCUAAAUGAGCACGAAAUCGUAACCACUGAGAGUUCAGGUCCAGAGGAGGAAAAGAAUCAAGAAAAGGAGAAGACUGAAGAGCUCACUGAGAAACCUCCCGAAGAACCGAUAGAAGGAAAUUCUGACAAAGCUCAAAUCACACCAACUUGUCAAACAAAUGGUGAUACUCAUGAAGUGGAAACUGAUGCUGAUGACGAACUUGAAGGUUUUGACAAUCUAGAUGAAGACACUAAAACUACCGAUGUUAUAAUGAUUCAAGAAGAUUCUAAAGAGAUUGAUGAUUCUCCUGGAAAUGGGGAUUGUAUUGUUUACGAUGUUGAAAGUGGUGACACAGUCAAAACAAGUAAAAGUGACACCGGAGAUAAAGAUGAUGACCUGGAAAUUGUUAGCGUUAAAUCAGGUGUCAAUGCAGUUAAACGAGAUUCUGACAUUGUCAUUACGAGUCCAAGUAAAAGGAGCAGAAUUGUUCAAGAAGAUUCUCAAUCAUCAAGUCGCUCAUUAACCAUAAUAGAAGUACCAACAACAAUUAUCCAUGAAAUCGGUGAAUCGAGUGGAGAAAUGAUUUCUGAUUCUGACAUAAUAAAAGAUUUUAUUGCCGAUUAAAUCUCUAAUCAGAAAAAGUAAAUCCUUCCAGUGUUUAAAUUGAAAAAAAAACUAUUUUCUAUCACCGAUUUUUCCAUCACUGUUUCUGUUUGCAUUGAUUAAAUCAAAGGACAUCAGGCAUUUUUGACUGUUUUUAGCCUAAA